AUGUCAGACUCGACAGAAAACCUCAUCCGCCAAUUCGCCGAAAGCCAGGCCAGGGCCGUCCAAGCAAGAGACCCCAAGCUUGUAUCCGCCACACUUGCUGACAACUGCCGUCGUUUAAUCGUACCCGCAUCCUUCAUGAGAUCCAUGGGGAUACCUGUGGAAAUGAUCGCAGCUGGCUCCUCGAACGAGCUCUACGAGCAGAACUUUGCGAUGCAGCUUCCGCUCAUUGAUUGGACGGCUUGCACGAUCCACGACACUUCGUUUGACGCGGAGAAGAGGAAGGCGACAGUGCACCUCACGCAUCGCAUUCAGUUGCAUGGGGUAGAGGAGGAGUUUGCCAUUGAGAACCUCAUUCUUCUGGACUUGGAUGAGAGUGGAAGGAAGAUUGAGAAGAUCCUUGAGUUCACGGAUGUAGCGGAGAGUAAGCGCUAUAUGGGGGCACUUCAAGAGCUGUUGGCGGCCAAGUCGGAGUAG